ACUGUUAUAAGUGUCAGAGGUCCUGAGGAGGCAGCUGUCCCUGUGGGAGCCCACUUCACUGCCACCAACAUGUCCACCCACCGUCUUGUGCUGGUUCGGCAUGGGGAGAGCACCUGGAACCAAGAGAACCGCUUUUGUGGCUGGUUUGAUGCAGAGCUGAGUGAGAAGGGAACAGAAGAAGCUAAGAGAGGGGCCAUGGCCAUUAACGAUGCCAAAAUGGAGUUUGAUAUUUGCUACACCUCGGUGCUGAAGCGGGCUAUUCGCACUCUUUGGACCAUCCUGGACGGGACAGAUCAGAUGUGGUUGCCUGUAGUCCGCACCUGGCGUCUUAAUGAGCGCCACUAUGGCGGUCUCACUGGCCUCAACAAGGCAGAGACAGCUGCAAAGCACGGGGAGCAGCAAGUGAAGAUCUGGAGGCGCUCUUUUGACAUCCCACCGCCCCCCAUGGAUGAGAAGCACCCCUACUAUAACUGCAUCAGUAAGGAGCGCCGGUAUGCAGGCCUGAAACCAGGAGAGCUGCCCACUUGCGAGAGCCUCAAGGAUACCAUCGCCAGAGCCCUGCCCUUUUGGAAUGAGGAGAUUGCCCCCCAGAUCAAGGCUGGCAAGAGAGUGCUCAUUGCUGCGCAUGGAAAUAGUCUCCGAGGCAUCGUCAAGCACCUGGAAGGAAUGUCAGACAAUGCCAUCAUGGAGCUGAACCUGCCCACAGGGAUCCCCAUCGUGUAUGAGCUAGACAACACACUGAAGCCCACCAAGCCUAUGCGCUUCCUAGGUGAUGAGGAAACUGUGAAGAAGGCCAUGGAGGCCGUUGCUGCCCAGGGCAAAGCCAAGUGAUGACUCCAAGGAAAAACUGAGGCAUAUCUGAAGAAAUGGUGGCAGAACUGGAAACCAAAGGCCCAAGUUUACUUGCCAGUAACAACAUUAACAAAAAUGUAUUAGAUAAGUGAACAAAUGCUCUUGAUAAAAUGCUUUUGAAACUAAGCAAGUUUCCAUUAUAUGAUGACCAUUAUAGAUAUGUUCCAAAAUAGGAUCAUUAUAGGUUAUGUUCCAAAGUGAACAUGCACAAUGUGAGAAAAAGCCAACUUUCCCUUCUCACCAAUUCUGACAGUACUUUGUAGUGUCCGGGCAGAGAGACAGCAAAGGGGUAAAGCAUAUGUUUUGUACCUGGGAGCCCUGGGUUUGAUUCCUGCACUACUUGGUCCCAAAAGAAUGGAGCUGAUCAUAGCCCCUUCCCAGCACCACUGGUAUGAACCCAAAACAGAACCAAAAAUGUUUUUAAUACUAAUAAAUGGAACUCAGGGUUCCUGACAGUCAAAAAGGACUCAAUCCUUUGUUCCUCUUCCCCAUGGAGAGC